ACGUCGGCAAAAGAGAGAAAAAGUGCUCUUUUUCUUCAUAAUUAAUUAAAAAGCGUUUUCUUCUCCUUUUGUGAAUUAGACAGUAAAAAGGAAGAACGAGCCCCAAGUCCGUACCUACCAAGGACGCCUCCGCUCCUCCCCCUUCCUUGCUCAGUCUUCCCCAAUCUCUCGUCUUGGAUCUCGUCUCUUGGCAAGUGAGUUCUUCUAUCAGCGGAAAAAAAAAAACGAUUUUGCAGUACGUUUGUCCAUUCCGCGGUGCAUCCAAGCGGCAUUAGUAACAAAAAUUUCUCCUUUUGCAUUAGAAAUUGGAGAAGCUUUCUGGAGAAGUAGCUCAUUGAGUUGUGCUGCUAACCCUUCUUCAGGGAAAUUGCUGGCGAGUUUCUCGGAAAUCUGAUAUUUCUUUUUUGUUUGACUUAAAGAUCAAAUUUUGAGUUGCGUAGUUCUUCUGUCUUUGCGGUCACUGGAAUCGCCUUGUUUUCUCUCGGCAUUUUGGAUCUUCCUCAAGAUAAGGGCGGCGCUUUAGCUGCGGGAAGCAAAGGCUGGAUAAGUGGUUAACAGAAGCAUGAGGAAGAUCAGUGGAGUUUACUCAGCGAGACCAUUCAGUGACAGAAGGUGGCUUCUUCCAUUCGUCGCAAGCUUGCUGAUCUCCUUGACUCUUUUGAUGGCAACUGUUUUGGGGUUGUUUUCCUCUCCUAAUGCUAGAGAUUCACUGUCCUUGGACAUUGUCACUGUUACUAGCAAUGAUGUUUCAGAGGACUACUCCAUAGGACUAGAUAGGAAAAUAUUGUUGGGCCAACCAGUAGCUUCAUUAGAAGAAGAAGAAGAAGAAGCUCCACGGAUAGCUUACUUAAUAACUGGCACAAAAGGUGACAGCCAGAGAAUGAGGAGAACUUUGCAAGCAAUAUACCAUCCACGAAAUCAGUACAUUCUUCACUUGGAUCUGGAGGCUCCUCCCAGGGAAAGGAUAGAUUUGACUAUGUAUGUGAAGGGUGAUCCAUUGUUUAGUGAAGUUGAGAAUGUUCGUGUGAUCGCGAAAGCCAAUUUGGUGACAUACAAGGGCCCAACCAUGAUUGCUUGCACUCUGCAUGCAAUUUCCAUUCUAUUGAAGGAGAAAUUGAGAUGGGACUGGUUUAUAAACUUGAGUGCCUCGGAUUAUCCUCUUAUGACACAAGAUGAUAUACUUCAUGUUUUAUCUUCUUUGCCUCGAAAUCUAAACUUUAUCGAGCACUCACCUAUCACCGGCUGGAAAUUGAUACAGAGGGCAAGACCGAUAAUUGUUGACCCAGGUCUUUAUUUGUCAAAGAAAUUCAAUGUUUUCACCACUACUGAACGGCGGGAAUUGCCUACUUCUUUCAAAUUGUACACCGGUUCGGCUUGGGUGAUGCUGACUAGGCGCUUCGUUGAGUAUUGUAUACAGGGGUGGGAAAACCUUCCUCGAACCAUCCUAAUGUACUAUGUCAACUUCAUCUCAUCACCCGAAGGCUACUUCCACACGGUCAUCUGCAAUUCGGACGAGUUCAGAAACACCUCGAUAAGCCAUGACCUACAUUACAUUAACUGGGACAACCCUCCAAAGCAACACCCACUCUACCUUUCAUCCAAAGAUUUCGACAGAAUGGUAAAAAGUGGUAUGCCCUUUGCUCGGAAAUUUGCCAAAGGGGAUCCGGUCUUGGACAAAAUCGACCGCGAACUCUUGGGGCGAUCAAACGGACAAGUCACUCCUGGCAGGUGGUGCAAUCAGAGAUCAAAUGGAGCUGAACAAUGUUCCUCGAGGGUCCAUGACUUCAAAUUUCUGCCUGGACCAGGCGCCGAACGGUUACAGCAGCUGAUGAAGAAGCUCGUGUCUGAAGAAUUCCGCAACGGCAGCUGCUCCAAGUUGCAGUAUGAUCAAACAAAGCGAGACUGGAUCGCAUCGAGAAAGACAAGUCAUUGAUAAGGAACAACACCCUUUGUAUCGCGGAGGCGAUGCAUUCAAAACGACAUAUACUUACUUUUUAUAGUAUUUGUUCGAAUCCACCACAUGCUUGAAAAAGCUUUGAUCAUACAUAAGGUUUAUUUUUGGCACUUUUAAGGAGGUUAUUCUAAUGUUUCUAAAUUAUUAAUAUUUUUUGGACUUUUUUGAAA